AAACCAUUCCACCCAUAUUAUUUGAUGAUUCAAGGGACAUCUCUCCUGAACACACUGUUACGAAUAAAUAAUUAUAUGUUUAAACCUAGUAUGGCAUAUUAUCACAAAAUCCUGAUGUCAAAAAGUAAGGAUUCUGAGAUGUAUAAUAAUUAGUUUAACUACAGGUGCCUAUUUUUAUCAUCACAAAUUAAUUAUUCCAAGUACCAUGGAAAUAUAAAUCAUAAGAUAUUGCAAAUCUCUAUGAAAAAUAAAACGAGUUGUUAUAUUCUACUCCAACGUUGCUUUAAUCUAAGGUGAUAUAACUUGUAAGUGGAUUUGAACAAUUAAUAAAAUUUGCAGUAGUGAAUGUUGUUAAAGGUUUGAAAAAAUUUUCUGUAUAUUUAUAAGCAUCAUAGCGUGUAGCCUCUUAAAAUAUUGCGUUUUUUGUCAAAUAAUUAUCAUAUGGAUACCAUUAUGAGGC